AUGAGAUCAUCUAUCUCAAUACGUCCAUUGCGGCGAGCGCUGGCGCCGUCAGCCUCGAUACAGCUUCCCCUCGCCGUCUCUCGGCUUUACUCGACACACCCACCGAAAGCGAAGCUCAACAUUCCCGUCGACUACGCGACGACCUCGCUACUCGCACACUCCUCCCAGACGGCCCUCAGCACAGCAGAGCUCCCGAAGGAGGUGCGAAAUGGCACGACAAAGAAGAUGAACCUGUUCCAAGCCAUCAACGACGCCCUCUCAAUUGCGUUGGCGGAGGAUGACUCUGUCAUGGUGUUUGGCGAAGACGUAGCCUUUGGUGGUGUCUUCAGGUGCACGAUGAAGCUGGCCGAGACGUACGGUGCUGAUCGGAUCUUCAAUACACCUCUCACAGAACAAGGCAUCAUGGGAUUCGCCAUUGGAGCGGCGGCGGAGGGUAUGCGGCCAGUCGCGGAGAUCCAGUUUGCCGACUACGUCUACCCGGCAUUCGACCAACUGGUCAACGAGGCGGCCAAGUACCGGUAUAGAGACGGAGCGUGUGGUCGCAGCGUGGGCGGACUGACUGUGCGAAUGCCUUGCGGCGGCGUCGGCCACGGCGCCCUAUACCACUCUCAGUCACCCGAGAGUCUGUUCACUCACAUUCCUGGCUUGCGAGUGAUCAUGCCCAGAUCUCCUCUUCAGGCCAAGGGUCUAUUGCUAGCAGCCAUCCGCAGCAACGACCCCUGCAUCUUCAUGGAGCCCAAGAUCCUGUACAGAGCUGCCGUUGAACAGGUUCCAGCGGGGGCGUAUACGCUGCCUCUGUCCAAGGCGGAAGUCCUCAAGGAAGGCAAGGAUGUCACAAUCAUCUCAUAUGGACAGCCUCUGUACACGUGCAUGUCGGCCAUUCAGCGAGCCGAGGAAGACUUGGGCAUCUCUGUCGAGCUCAUCGAUCUGAGGACACUGUACCCUUGGGAUAAGGAGACGGUGUUCCAGAGUGUGCGUAAGACUGGCCACUGCGUUGUGGUGCACGAGGCCAUGGUAAAUGCUGGUAUCGGAGCCGAAGUUGCUGCCACCAUUCAAGAGGACCCUGACACGUUUCUGAGACUGGAAGCGCCCGUUGCGAGGGUUGCGGGAUGGAGCAUUCACACCCCGUUGUUAUACGAGAGGUUCAACAUUCCGGAUGUAGCAAGGGUCUACGACAACAUCAAAAGAGUGCUGGACUAUUGA